AUGGCACCUCGCAUCCACAUCAAGCUACAACAGAAUCGAUUCGAAUCAUGCCAGCUGCUAGUCCUAGUGGUGGGUGCAGGUCUCGCCGGACUGGGAUCAGCCAUAAGCUGUGCCUUGGCCGGACACAAAGUACACAUCCUUGAAGCAACCUCCGAAAUCAAAGAAGUCGGCGCAGGAAUUCAGAUUCUGCCUAAUAGUUCCCGGGUCCUUCAGCAUUGGGGUCUGGAGGAGGCACUGACACCGUAUAUGACGUUUCCGCGCGUGUGCAACUUUAUCGGAUGGAAGGGAAAUCAUAUUUCAUCUUUGGAUUUUCACGAGUCGGAGAAAGGGUAUCCUGGGACGUGGUAUCGGGAUUUUCAUCGUGCGGACCUGCAGCGGUGUCUGGUUGCGCGUGCCUUGGAGUUGGGUGUCCAGAUGACAUGCAGUGCAAGAAUCACCAAUGUUCGUGUGAGGGAUGAUGGAGCGGCGGCGACGGCAGGUGCUGCGGAUGGAAGACAGUGGGAAGGGGAUCUGAUUCUUGGCGCAGAUGGAAUUUUUGGGAAAUUGACCGAGGAAUUACUUGGACGUGAAGAUCCACCGGUUAAGACGGGUGAUCUGGCAUAUCGAUUACUUUUGUCUACUAAGGAGAUGCGCAAGGAUCCUGAGUUGGCUCCAUUCGUGGAUGAUCCACAGGUGAAUUACUGGCUUGGUCCUGAUGCUCAUGCAGUGAACUAUGUGCUCCGUGGAGGAGAUUUGUUCAAUAUGGUUCUUCUCGUACCCGACGAUAUUCCAGAGGAGUCUUUGGCCACUACUAUAGAAGGUAAUGUGGAGGAAAUGUGCUCAUUAUUCCAAGGAUGGGACCCAAGGAUUCAAAAGCUGCUCAAACUGUGCCAAACAGUGCAAAAAUGGCGUCUUUGCAUCCGAUUCGGAGACUUCAACUGGGCACAUCCAUCAGGGGCAUGGGUGAUGCUGGGCGAUGCAGUCCACGCAACCCUGCCAUAUUUAGCUUCCGGAGCUGGAAUGGCUUUCGAAGAUGGCGCUGUUCUUGGAGAAUGUCUCUCCCGGCUUCCCAACAGUCCCCAUAUAAGGAAGACAUCCCCCAGUUCCUGCAUGCCAAGAGACACGCAUUGGCAGUCUUCCAGGAAUGUCGAAAGCAGCGAACAAAAAUGGUGGUAG